AUGGCUUCGUUGGUCAAUGUUUUGCUGCGAAAAUCCGCAAAUUUAAAUACUUCGAAAGGACUUUUAAAGAAUAUCCCAGCAAUUUACAAUGUGAACCAAGACAGAAAAGGCCACAGAUGGCUGCCGGACCCUACAUUUAUGAAACAAUUUGAGGGACCUGUUUUAUUUGCGGAUGAAUUCCCUACUGCCCUGACUCAUCCACCAUACCAUGGUAUUGUAACACCUACUGAGAAACAAGUUAAAAAUAUGAUUAUUAACUUUGGUCCACAACAUCCUGCUGCUCAUGGUGUGCUGCGUCUUGUGCUGGAAUUAGAUGGAGAGAUAGUUCGAGCUGCAGACCCUCAUAUUGGGCUACUCCACCGUGGUACAGAGAAAUUAAUUGAAUAUAAAACAUAUACACAAGCAUUGCCAUACUUUGACAGAUUGGAUUAUGUGUCUAUGAUGUGCAAUGAACAAUGUUACAGUUUAGCAGUAGAAAAGCUACUAAAUAUUGAUAUACCACUGAGAGCAAAGUACAUAAGAACCUUGUUCGCGGAAAUAACCCGUAUUCUUAACCACAUAAUGGCGGUGGGGACACACGCCUUGGAUGUAGGAGCGCUGACACCCUUCUUCUGGCUGUUCGAGGAGCGAGAGAAAAUGAUGGAAUUUUACGAGAGGGUCAGUGGCGCGAGAAUGCACGCGGCCUAUAUACGACCAGGGGGAGUGUCGUUGGACAUGCCUCUCGGUCUAAUGGACGAUAUAUAUGAGUUUGCAAGCAAAUUUGGUGAAAGAUUGGAUGAAGUUGAAGAUGUUCUUACAACUAACAGAAUUUGGGUACAAAGGACCAAGGAUAUUGGGUUUGUGAGCGCACAGGACGCGUUAAACUAUGGAUUUAGUGGUGUAAUGCUCCGUGGGUCUGGUAUCAAAUGGGAUCUUCGUAAGACACAGCCCUACGACGCGUAUGACCUUGUGGACUUUGACGUGCCAAUCGGAACCAACGGGGACUGCUAUGAUAGGUACCUAAUCCGAGUGGAAGAGAUGCGCCAAUCUCUGCGUAUCAUCGAACAGUGCCUCAACCAGAUGCCAGCUGGAGAGGUCAAGACUGAUGAUGCUAAACUAACGCCGCCUUCCCGAGAAGAGAUGAAGACAUCCAUGGAAGCCCUAAUCCACCACUUCAAGCUGUUCACUCAGGGUUACCAAGUCCCUCCUGGAACCACUUACACGGCUGUGGAGGCUCCCAAAGGAGAAUUCGGGAUUUAUCUCGUUUCUGAUGGCAGCUCAAAGCCUUACAGAUGCAAAAUAAAGGCACCCGGCUUCGCUCACUUAGCGGCGUUAGAGAAAGUAGGCAAAAACCUCAUGUUGGCAGAUAUCGUAGCUAUCAUUGGAACACUAGAUGUUGUGUUCGGAGAAAUCGACCGAUAA